AUGACCAAACUGGGCCACCUGGUGAAUAAGUCCAUGGACACACUUGGUGAUGUCAUAAAUGUCAGAUCCUCAAGACUGGGACAGCAUCUGCGGUUUGCCGUGUGUGACUGCAAACCUCUGACAGACACGACUCUUAGUUUCUGUCAAGGCACAGGAAACUCAGUCCCCUCCCACUCUAAGAGGCGGUCAGAGGUCAGUCUGUGCCACAUCAGCAUGUCUGAAUCCACCAAGCCCCUCCACCCGAACUCUCAAGCUAAGGGGGAGAAGAGCCAUGGAGGUGACUUCAGCUAUGUGGGCAUUGAUGCCAUCCUGGAGCAGAUGAGAAGGAAGGCCAUGAAGCAAGGUUUUGAGCUCAACAUUAUGGUUGUGGGGCAAAGUGGCCUGGGGAAGUCCACUCUCAUGAACACACUGUUCAAAUCCAAGGUCAGCCGUAAGUCAGUCCAGCCCAACCUAGAGGAGAGGAUCCCUAAGACAAUCGAGAUCAAGUCUAUAAGUCAUGAUAUUGAGGAGAAAGGAGUGAGGAUGAAGUUGACAGUGAUUGACACCCCGGGCUUUGGGGAUCAAAUCAAUAAUGAAAACUGCUGGCAACCCCUAAUGAGGUUCAUCAAUGAUCAGUAUGAAGCCUACUUGCAGGAGGAGAUAAAUAUUAAUAGAAAGAAGAGGAUCCCAGACUCCAGGGUGCACUGCUGCAUAUACUUCAUUCCUCCCACUGGCCAUUGUCUAAGGCCUAUUGAUGUGGAAUUCAUGAGGCGUCUCAGCAAAGUGGUAAACAUUGUCCCUGUCAUUGCAAAGGCAGACACACUCACCCUUGAAGAGAGGGAUUAUUUUAAACAGACGAUUAGGGAAGAGCUACGGGCCAAUGGGAUUGAUGUUUAUCCUCAAAAAGAAUUUGAUGAUGAUGCGGAAGAUAGACUGAUCAAUGAUAAAAUCAGGGAGAUGAUACCCUUUGCAGUGGUGGGCAGUGACCAGGAGUACCAGGUGAACGGGAAGCGAAUCCUUGGAAGAAAAACCAAGUGGGGCACCAUUGAGGUUGAAAACAGCACACAUUGUGAGUUUGCUCACUUGCGAGACCUUCUUAUCAGGACACACAUGCAGAACAUCAAAGACAUCACAGGCAGCAUCCACUAUGAGAUGUAUCGUGUCCGUCGUUUAAAUGAAUCCAACGCCAACAUCAGCUUUGAGCCAUCUGACCUUCCCACUGUUGAGCCAAAGACGAAUGGUCUGCCUGAGGAGUUGUCCAGUUCCCUGCAAACUAAUGGAGUGACUUCUCAGCAUAAAGCCUUAACCCACGAGAUGUAG